AUGAUUGGAGGUAAGAAACAAAAGCAUAGACCAUUAAGAUUAAAAAAAGAUAAGAGAGGAAGACGAUACAUACAGCAUGAGAUGAGAGGAAACAACAACUCUCUAAAGAAAGCAGCCCUGUCUUGGUCAAAUUCAAAUGAAGUUGCAAUGAUUAAAUCAAUACAGGAUGCCAACUUUAGAGAGUCUGUACUCAAGAAUCAACAAGAAUUGGAUAAAGAAACAAAGAAAAAGAUAAUCGAUUUAACAAAUGAUCAACAAGUAAAACAAGAGAUACCAAUAAUAAAAAAAGAAAAUGAUAGAUUUGAUCAAUUGGAAAAGAGGUUGUCAAUGUUGUUUGAAGCAAAGGAAGAGAAAUUAAAGAGAAGACAAGAAAAAGAUGAUAGAUCAAUGGAAAUACUUUACAAUCAAAAGUUGACAGAAAAGAGAAUACAAGAAUUGGAAGGCAAAAUCUAUUGGAAAAAUCUAACAGCUACAAAUGAUUUGGUAAAAGAGUAUUUAAAUUCAACAAUGUCCUCUACUAAACUAUCUACAAAUUUAGGAAAUGAAUUAAAAGACAUGGUAAAGAAUCAAAGAAUUAGUGUCAUUGAUUUAAUUGUAUCAUUUUCUCAAGAUUUAAAAAGAAAACAAAAGAUUGGUAGUGGAAGAUCAAACCAAGGUCUUUAUGAUAGCGAAAUUGAAAGAAUAAUGAAACCAUAUCAUAGGAAGGGAUUUGAAAGAGUAAUAGCAAGUGAUCAAUUAAAUUUAUUGGAACCAAAAAGCAAGAUGUCAUUUAUUAUGAAUUUGGAUCCUCACAACAAACCAGGAAGUCAUUGGGUGGCAGUAUACAUUGACGCAGAUAAAGAUAAAUCAGUAGAGUAUUACGAUUCAUUUGGCCUAGAACCAACCGAUGAUUUUAUGAAACAAUUAAAAGAUUUAAUAGAUGAAAUUGAUCCAGAUUAUUUAUUCAAACCAAACACUUUAAUAAAAAUCAUUCUCUAUACGUACUCAAAAUAG